UGAUGUCCCGCUCCUCCCGCUCUGUGUUCGACCCAGAGAAUAUAUUCUGGUAUAUUCGUGCCUUGGUUCUUCCUGACUUGUGGCGGGACGGAUGUGAUCUAUUAUCUGCGGCCAACGGUCAAUACCCACGUGAGUGCAUCUCAGUGCAGAGUGGUGGUGGAGAGCAGAGCCUCCACGCGAAGCCGCAAAUUCCUUGGCGCCAGGCGUGCUCUGCUUAGAGUAUACAACUUAACGUGCACUGAUGACAAUUGGUUCAAGUAACUUGUUUGAGAAAGCUUAUACUUACGCGUGUAACUUAGCAAAAAAACAUUAAUAUCCAAGUAUUCAAGAUAGAACACCACCGGUAUUGGGAAGGAGGAAUAGGCAAGACACAAUUGACUUCUAGUGGUUGAUGUCCUCAUUUUUUCAAUUUGUCAUCACACGUGUAGUACACCAAAGAAGUUUGAAAGCAUUCUCAGUAACACAUUACAGUUCCCCUGACUUGUUUUGUACAAGAAGUUUCACUCUGUCAACCGCAAUAAUGGGAAGAGAAAGUGAUAUUAAUAUUGUUAAGAAUAGUAUUAAAAGUUAUCCUGAUUUUCCCAAGCCUGGUAUAUUAUUCAGAGACAUAUUCUCUCUCAUGAAGAAUCCAAAAGCAUUGGAAGCAUUGAAUAAAUUAAUUCUAGAAGAAGUAGAAAACAUGGUUCCAAAGCCUGAUGUAAUCAUAGGAUUGGAAUCCAGAGGGUUUCUCUUUGGACCUCUCAUAUCAUUACAGACCAGAAUACCAUUUGUUCCAAUAAGAAAGAAAGGUAAACUUCCUGGACAAGUCAACAAACAAACUUAUGAACUUGAGUAUGGCACAGACACUGUUGAAAUUCAGUCUGAUGCUAUUCAGAAAGGGCAAAAUAUACUCAUUGUAGAUGAUCUGCUAGCAACAGGGGGAACUCUGCAAGCAGCUUGCAAACUGGUGAGUCAACUUGGAGCACAUGUGAAGCAGUGCAUUGUUGUAAUGGAACUACUAGACCUUAAUGGACGAAGAUCUGUUGAUGCACCUAUACAUUCCAUUGUUCAGUAUUAAUUUACAACUCACAAUGUCAUCAGAUUGCCUCUAGGUAGAUUAUUUCAAACUGUAAUCCUGCAUUCCGCCUCAAAUUCAAUAAAAAGGUUUAUAUUCUUUACGUAAUGAUCUGUGAUAUUUAUACUCUAUUGUGAUUUUGGAAUACAAUUAUUACACUUUUGUUUGUAAUACAUCCAUGAAUUAUCUCUUUAAUAAAUUUGAUUUUUAAUCAUGUACUAUACAUUCUUGCUUAAGUGACUUGCUCUUUAAAAGUGUAAUAAACAUUUUUGACAAUAUUUUAUGUGAAAUUCUUUAUUGCACUUCAUUUAAUAAAGAUAAACUGUACAAUACUAUUUUCUCAAUUUACUUUCAAAGAUACUUUAUACACAAUUGAAAUUUUAAAUAUAUUAGAAUUGCUCAUCCCCUAACUUUUAUACUUGAUGCUAUUCAAUACUUGCUCUCUUAUAUCC